AUGAACCCCUCCCCCAUGACCAAAGCCUCUUACAAAACCCCCAACCCCUACGAAAGCCUCUUCGGCUACUCCCGCGCCGUCCGCAAAGGACCCUUCAUCUUCGUCUCCGGCACAACCUCCAUCAUGCCCGACUCUGCCGGGGCGGUCCAGUACCCAGGCGAUGCGUACCGGCAGACGGUUGUUGCGUUUCGGGAGUCGCUCAAGGCUGUUGAGGCGCUCGGCGGGACGAAGGAGGAUGUGGUGAGGGUUCGCAUGUUUGUCGCGAGUAUGGACGAGUGCGAUGAGGUGGGAAGGGGUAUGAAGGAGGUGUUUGGUGCGGGCGAGUGGGCGGCGACAAUGAUUGCGGGUGCGGGAUUUGUCAGGCAGGAGAUUAGGGUGGAGGUGGAGGUGGAUGCGGUGGUGGGGUAG